AUGGGGAAACAGAAGUGCUGCUGUAUCUACAUGGGAAACAGAUAUCAGAAGUGCUGCUGUAUCUACAUGGGGAAACAGAAGUGCUGCUGUAGCUACAUGGGGAAACAGAAGUGCUGCUGUAGCUACAUGGGGAAACAGAAGUGCUGCUGUAUCUACAUGGGGAAACAGAAGUGCUGCUGUAGCUACAUGGGGAAACAGAAGUGCUGCUGUAGCUACAUGGGGAAACAGAAGUGCUGCUGUAUCUACAUGGGGAAACAGAAGUGCUGCUGUAUCUACAUGGGGAAACAGAAGUGCUGCUGUAUCUACAUGGGGAAACAGAAGUGCUGCUGUAUCUACAUGGGGAAACAGAAGUGCUGCUGUAUCUACAUGGGGAAACAGAAGUGCUGCUGUAUCUACAUGGGGAAUCAGAAGUGCUGCUGUAGCUACAUGGGGAAACAGAAGUGCUGCUGUAGCUACAUGGGGAAACAGAAGUGCUGCUGUAGCUACAUGGGGAAACAGAAGUGCUGCUGUAUCUACAUGGGAAACAGACAUCAGAAGUGCUGCUGUAUCUACAUGGGGAGACAGAAGUGCUGCUGUAUCUACAUGGGGAAACAGAAGUGCUGCUGUAGCUACAUGGGAAAACAGAAGUGCUGCUGUAUCUACAUGGGAAACAGACAUCAGAAGUGCUGCUGUAUCUACAUGGGAAACAGACAUCAGAAGUGCUGCUGUAUCUACAUGGGGAAUCAGAAGUGCUGCUGUAUCUACAUGAGGAAACAGAAGUGCUGCUGUAUCUACAUGGGGAAACAGAAGUGCUGCUGUAUCUACAUGGGGAGACAGAAGUGCUGCUGUAUCUACAUGAGGAAACAGAAGUGCUGCUGUAUCUACUUUGGAAACAGACAUCAGAAGUGCUGCUGUAUCUACAUGAGGAAACAGAAGUGCUGCUGUAUCUACAUGGGGAAACAGAAGUGCUGCUGUAGCUACAUGGGGAAUCAGAAGUGCUGCUGUAGCUACAUGGGGAAUCAGAAGUGCUGCUGUAGCUACAUGGGGAAACAGAAGUGCUGCUGUAUCUACAUGGGGAAACAGAAGUGA